UAAGAAAACAAUUCUCCUUGAUAGCUUCAUUCAACGGCAGGACGCAAGACAAUGUGAGAUGUGAUUUACUUCAGGCGAUAUCGCUGUGACUUUUUACCCCCAUCCGCAACCACCUUCUGUUCAGAGAGAUAAAUCGACACCACGGGAUAUCCCGAAUGCUUGAUUCUUCAAUUUUGGACACAGUUAUCACCUCGUUGGCAGUGAUGGCUUCGAUUUCACUCUCUCACACGAAGUGUCAGACAAACGGGAUUUCUUUUAAAUAUGUUGCUGAUUAAUGGAAAUAAAAUGGAUCCUCUUGGUUCCCCUGACAAAUAUACCUCUUAUGGUGGGUAACGCAAAAGGCGUUUUUGAGGCAUUGCUUCAGGUGCUGUAUUAUUUAAAUAGCAGUGACAAUAUUUAUGCAAAUUGCUUUUCCCAUACAAUACAACUUUUUCUCAACUCGCCGGGCGCCACCGGGCUGGAUUUUUCUUGCAACCAAGGGACGGCUUCACUCACGGUCUGGUUCGGACGAGAAAACGCAGCCCGCUCGACUCACCUCGGCGCCAUCCGCGGAAAAGUUUGGUGCGAGUGAGAGGGUGGGAAGUAGCCGAGCCAAUCAGCGAGCCGCCGCCCGCCGCCGGGCACCGCAGCACCAACAUGGCAGCCGCGCCGCGUCGGGCAGCAAGUUCCCGCAGGCGAUCCGAGCGGUGACAGCAGCUGCGCCCGACCCGCCCCCGCCGCCACCAUGCUCGGCAUGUAUGUGCCCGAUAGAUUCUCCCUUAAGUCGUCCAAAGUGCAAGAGGGGAUCGGCCUGUACACUGCCAGACGAGUGAAAAAGGGUGAGAAGUUUGGGCCUUUUGCUGGAGAGAAAAGACUGCCACAUGAACUGGAUGAAAGCAUGGAUUCAAGGCUGAUGUGGGAGGUACGUGGAAAUAAGGGAGAAGUUUUGUACAUUCUGGAUGCCAGUAAUCCUCGGUAUUCAAAUUGGCUGCGCUUUGUCCAUCAGGCCCCAACACAAGAAGAGAAAAAUCUGGCUGCAAUUCAGGAAGGAGAAAAUAUUUUCUAUUUGGCUGUGGAUGACAUAGAAACAGACACUGAAUUACUGAUUGGUUACCUAGAUAGUGAGAUGGAGGAGCUAGAGGAAGAGGAGGAGGAGAAAAUAGUCAGCAAAGAGGAUGAAGAAAACCCUAAAGAUGUUCAACCAUCUGGUGAUAAAGAGCUGUUGAGCGAUAAAGAAGGUUACAGUUGCCCGCAAUGUGAGAGCAGUUUCCGGAGCCAGGAUAUCUUGGCAGAGCACCUACAAUCUCUGCACCAGAAGCCCAAUGAAGAAAAGGAAUUCAAGUGUAGGAAUUGCGGCAAGAAAUUUCCCAUUAAACAGGCCUUGCAGAGACAUGUUCUACAGUGUACUGAAAAUGUCCUUCCUGAUGACAGCUCUCGAAGCUUUCAAUGUUCUGUCUGCAGCAUCUCCUUCAGCUCUGAGUCAAGUUUCGAACAGCAUAAGGAAGCCUGCAAAGGGGAUGCCAGGUUUGUUUGCAAGGCUGAUAGCUGUGGCAAAAGGUUCAAGAGCAAAGAUGCCUUGAAGAAGCACAAGGAGAAUGUGCACACAGGAAACUCUCGGAAGAGACUGAUGUGCUCUGUGUGUAACAAGAAGUGUUCUUCGGCUGCAACUCUACAGGAGCAUCGAAAGAUUCAUGAAGUCUUCAACUGCCAGGAGUGUGACAAAAAAUUCAUAUCAGCAAACCAGUUGAAGCGCCAUAUGAUUACCCAUUCAGAGAAACGCCCUUACACCUGUGAGGUCUGCAGUAAAUCUUUCAAACGUCUAGAUCAAGUAACUGCGCAUAAAAUUAUCCAUAGUGAGGACAAACCAUACAAAUGCAAACUUUGUGGAAAAGGGUUUGCUCACAGAAAUGUGUACAAGAACCACAAGAAGCACAAGGACCUGGGGAAGCUCUGCAUAUCGACACACUCGGAAGAGAGACCAUUCCAGUGUGAGGAAUGUAAGGCUUUGUUUCGAACUCCCUUCUCCCUGCAGAGACAUCUACUGAUUCACAACAGUGAACGAACUUUCAAAUGUGAUCACUGUGAUGCAACGUUCAAGAGGAAGGAUACGUUAAAUGUUCACAUUCAAGUGGUGCAUGACGGGCACAAGAAGUACAAAUGUGAUCUGUGUGACAAGGCCUUUGUCACUCCCUCUGUGCUAAAGAGUCAUAAAAAGACACAUACUGGGGAGAAAGAGAAGAUUUGUCCAUACUGUGGCCAGAAAUUUGCCAGCAACGGAACCUUGCGUGUACACAUUCGAAGCCACACAGGUGAGCGCCCAUACAAUGUCCCUACUGUGACAAAGCUUUCAGCAAGAAUGAUGGACUAAAAUGCACAUUAGAACACACACACGGGAAAAGCCUUACCAGUGCUCAGAGUGCAACAAAGCUUUUAGUCAGAAAAGGGGUCUAGAUGAACACAUGAGGACUCAU